AUGAGCUCGCCUCCUUUACAUGUUAUUAACCGCUGUAACAACAGGUUUUAUUCAUAUCCAAAUUAUAUUACAACCAAAGCCGAUAUUAAUGAGAAUGCAUAUGCAAUAAAUGCACUUGAAAGUUUACAUAGUUUUGCUGACAACAAACAUAAUCAAAAUGAAGCCAAAGACAAGUGUCCAAAGAAUAUUGAAGAUACCAAAACUCAGCAGAGACCAUCCUCAUUCUACCCCUUACAAGAAGUUGCAAACAAACCAAUGAAUCUGACCUCGCCAUCAAAAAUAUCACGGUUUUCAAGAUUCAUCCACAAGUUUCAUUUAAGAACAUCUAAAACUACAAGUCAAAACAAAAAAUACAAUACGGUAACAGGAAUUAGUAUUGCACCUACUACUAGUGGUCAUUCAACAUUAUGGAAAAGGAGAUUUUCUAGACAUCAUACUUCUAUGUUUAACCCUAGGGAGGAAAAACUGCUUUCUUUACAUUUGCCUACUGAAAAUCUAACUGAUUCUAAGCUUAGUGAUAUAUUUUCACCUCCAGUUUAUGAGCCAAUGAAGACUAUCGAUUCAUUAAAAGAUCAACUAAACAUAAAUGAAGAAGUUUCAACAAAUUAUCCUUCCAAGUCAUUUGAUUUUGAUUUUCUUUACAAUGAUAGUUUCUUUACCACAGCAGUUCGGAAACCAAUCUCUUAUGAUAAUUCACAAAUAACUGAUGAAACUAUUGUAAUAUAG